CGAGAGAGGAAAGCGAGUCGGUCAGUAUGGAAAUCCUCUAAAUAAACACGUAAGACAUUAUGAAGGACUGUCAUAUGAUGUGGAUUCAUUACACCAAAAACACCAGCGUGCCAAAAGAGCAGUAUCUCAUGAGAACCAAUUUUUACGCCUAGAUUUUCAUGCUCAUGGAAGACAUUUUAACCUUAGAAUGAAGAGAGAUAUGUCCCUCUUUAGUGAUGACUUCAAGCUAGAGAUGUCAGAUAAAGUACUUGAUUAUGAUACCUCCCAUAUAUACACUGGACACAUUUAUGGUGAACAGGGAAGCUUUAGCCAUGGAUCUGUUGUCGAUGGAAGAUUUGAAGGGUUCAUCAUGACUCACACUGGGACUUUUUAUAUUGAGCCAGCAGAAAGAUAUAUUAAGGAUAGAGCCCUGCCUUUCCACUCAGUCAUGUAUCAUGAAGAUGAUAUUAGAUACCCACAUAAAUAUGGACCACAAGGUGGCUGUGCAGAUCAUUCUGUAUUUGACAGAAUGAAGAAGUACCAGAUGACUGGUGUAGAAGAGCCAACAAACCAGCAACCUUUGGAAGAACAUACCAACCAUGGCCCAGAGCUCUUGAGAAGGAAACGAGCUGCUCAAGCUGAAAAAAACACUUGUCAACUCUAUAUUCAGACAGACCAUCUAUUCUUUAGAUAUUAUGGAACAAGAGAAGCUGUGAUUGCACAGAUAUCCAGCCAUGUUAAAGCAAUUGAUACAAUUUACCAGUCAACAGAUUUCUCAGGAAUCCGAAACAUCAGUUUUAUGGUGAAACGAAUAAGAAUCAACACUACUCAAGAUGAAAAAGACCCUUCCAAUCCCUUCAGGUUUCCGAAUAUCGGUGUGGAGAAGUUUCUUGAACUCAAUUCUGAGCAGAACCACGAUGACUAUUGUUUGGCCUAUGUGUUUACUGAUCGUGAUUUUGAUGACGGUGUCCUUGGCUUGGCCUGGGUUGGAGCACCUUCAGGGAGCUCAGGAGGAAUAUGUGAAAAGAGCAAGCUUUAUUCCGAUGGCAAAAAGAAAUCCUUAAAUACUGGCAUCAUCACUGUACAGAACUAUGGUUCCCAUGUCCCUCCUAAGGUGUCUCAUAUCACCUUUGCACAUGAAGUUGGACAUAACUUUGGUUCUCCACAUGAUUCUGGAACAGAAUGCACUCCAGGAGAGUCUAAAAACUUGGGACAAAAAGAAAAUGGCAAUUACAUCAUGUAUGCAAGAGCAACAUCUGGAGACAAACUUAACAACAAUAAAUUUUCUCUCUGUAGCAUUCGAAAUAUCAGUCAAGUUCUUGAAAUUUAUUUAUCUAUAUUUGUCAUGAACCCGGCAGAACAGGGAUGGAGCGGCAAGACAACAGAGGAGGAUGACUUUGAAUGGACUGACGCUUCCCAUGUUGAGCCGCCGGGCACCCAGGACUCUGAGAACUCUGUUGCUCUGGACCGUGACAGUUCCGCCCCUGAACCUCUGGUUAACCACAAGGAGGCUCAACCCAGUCAGGCUAUUGCCAUCCUGCCUGAUGCGCCUCCUCUACACAUGCCCACUCUGCCACCUCCCCAGCACAUCACCCUUCCCUCUGAGAGGAGGGUCCUGCUGAGGCAAAGUGACCACCCUCACCUUGCUCACGAAGGUGCCAGUGCUGGCAAGAACAAUGCACCCCAAUGGCUCCACUGA